UAACAUGAUUUCAACAUGAUUUCAAGAUGAUUCCAACAUGAUUCCUUGAUUUAAUAAAAUUGUGCUCUAGUACAAUUGUUUAAGAAUAAAAGCGCAAGCCAUCAGGUGACGAUGCGUGCCUUUACGCAUGCGCAUGGAUCCAAUAUGUUGUCAAGCAUGUCUACGUCGGCAAGUUUAUCCUAGUGAUAACUGUAUAUUACCCGGACUUACCUUGAUAUUUCUCGCAAACAAUUGACAGGUGCGUUGAGACAAUCUCAUCCGAUCGCCAUGCAUUUGGGAAUAACUUCCCAGCAAAAUAAGUUCUUAAGUUUCAUAAAGUCCUAGUGAACUUCUGUCCAGAACCAUUGCAUUCCUCAAGAUUGGCGAAGAUUCUAAAAAUGCAUCGACCUUCGUGGACGCUUAUAUUUUCUGGAAUUUUUCUGGGUUACAUUGCCUAUGCAAUAUACAGCAUUUCUCUAUUAUUUGUUCCACCAUCAUGUGAAGCUGGAACAACUUGCCUGAAGUCGUACCUCAAUUACAAGCCUAAACUUCAGGUUCAUUUAUUCGCUUCACCAAGUGCCAGACCCACCAACGACGUCUAUAGGAUACACUCGGAGCUGAAAUUUGAUUAUAAUGCACCCAAGGAAAUGCCAGUAAAUCUACAGAUUCCACCGAAAACUCGACAGAAUGGAACUCUAUUUCUUCACAUAAUUGUUCUUCCCGAAGUUACUGAGAACAAAAAACAGGACUACUCAUUUUUCAACUUGCAAACGAAUCCAUAUGCAGUGAUGACAAGAAUAAAACUUACGCAAUUCGCUGUACCAGAGGCAGAAACUUUCAAUCUCCUCGAUGAUAAGUCCACAAAAUCGAAAAAAUCCCCAAAAAGUCGCGCCAAAUCGGUCUCGCACCUGAGAACUCGUGUUACAUUCAGAAUGGUGACUGAUGCCGAAGAAUUUCCAGCACAAAAACUUCCUUUAGAACUCGUGCAGAGUCUCAAGGUGACUCGGGAGGGUGUAUUCCUGCCAAUAAUCAAUUACGAUUUUCUCCAAACGAGACAUCGAGACCUUGUGCAGAUUAAACCCGAGGAUCACAUGAUGAAUCUGACGGUUUCUUAUGCUCCAACGACGAUGGGACUCUUGAGACUCGUGCUCCAGGUGAAAACUACAAUGGAGACCAUGAAAUCACUUGGUUUCUCUGACAGAGAUGUCGAUGAAGUCAAGGGAAUUUACGCUGACACGAAUUUGUAUCUGUUGGCUGGCACGAUUUUCAUCGCUUCCAUGCACCUGCUAUUCGAUUUCCUGGCGUUUAAAAAUGACAUAAGUUUCUGGAAGAGUCGAGACAGCUUUGAAGGCUUAAGUGUUACGACUGUGGUUUGGCGAGGAUUCAGUUCGACGAUCGUCUUCCUUUAUUUAUUGGAUGAAGGUUCCUCUCUUCUUGUGUUAAUUCCAUCCGGAAUUGGAACUUUAAUUGAGAUUUGGAAGAUCAAGAAAGUAUUAAGACUUCAAAUUUCAAGUGGCGGACGAAUAAUCUCGAGAGUAAUGGGGAAAAAAGAUGGAAAGAAUGAGAACGAGGAGAACAAAACUCGUCAAUUCGAUGCCGAGAGCAUGAGAUAUUUAUCCUAUCUAUUAUAUCCAUUGGUCAUUGGUGGAGCUGUUUAUUCUUUGUUGUACCAGCCACAUAAAAGCUGGUAUUCAUGGACAAUAAAUUCCCUGGUAAAUGGAGUCUACGCCUUCGGAUUCCUCUUCAUGCUGCCACAAUUAUUUGUCAAUUACAAAUUAAAAUCAGUAGCACACUUGCCAUGGCGUGCAUUUAUGUACAAAGCAUUCAAUACGUUUAUCGACGACGUUUUUGCAUUUAUUAUAACAAUGCCAACAUCACACAGAGUGGCUUGUUUCCGUGAUGAUAUCAUCUUCCUCAUCUAUUUGUAUCAACGAUGGCUUUAUCCAGUGGAUAAAACUCGUAUGGAUACAACCACAAUAGUGGAAGAACCGACAAUGCCUUCAGGCCCCAUCAAAAAGUCUGAUAAGAAAAAAGACUAAAACAAAUCACCAGAAAACAUGAUUGUAACCAUUCCAAUGUAGCUAUUUUAAACUCUGUUUUUAGUGUUUAUACCGAAUAGUUGAAUGAAGGGAAUAGACUAUUUAAAUUCAA